AUGUCGUUCCAGUUGUUUGCUAAGACUAACUCCACCGUGGAAGUCUUCCAAGGAUACCCAUCAUUUGAGGAGAUUUCCUCAUCUAAGAGCGGAAACGAUGGUACUGAAGGUAAAGUGAUUCAAUCUCUUUUGUCUCCAUGCGGUAGAUUCAUGGCUAAAUCGUACGAGAGUAAAGUUGUACUGUUAAUCGGUGAAACCUGGGAAAUCACAUUGGUGGAAUUACCGUUAAAGAACGUUUAUGACCUAAAAUUUUCUCCAAGUGGGAACUUUUUGUCUACUUGGGAAAGACCUUUAGUAGACGACACAGAACACCUAAAUUGUAAGAUUUGGAACUUGAAUGAGUCACCAUUGUCUACAGAACCAAAAUACAGUUAUAAAGCAUCGACCCAAAGUUCUUGGACUUUACAAUUCUCUAAGUUGGAUGACUAUGCCAUCAAGUCAUUUGGUAAGGAACUUCGCAUCAUCAAGUUAAGUGGUGAAGACACAUUCAAGUUUGACAAGCCAUUUGCCACUUUGACUCCAGACCAACCAUUCACCACCUAUCAAAUAUCUCCGGCUGAACAUCCAACUAUUUGCACGUUCACAAAGGAAAAGUCAGGAAAACCUGCACAAUUAACCAUUUGGCCCAUUACCACUGGUAAGAUUACCAAACAAAUUGUCACCAAACAAUUUUUCAAAGCAGAUUCAUGCCAUUUAAAAUGGAGUGAUUUAGGUAAUGCCAUAUUAUGCCUAACCACCACUGAUUUCGAUCAUUCUAAUAAGUCCUACUACGGUGAAAAUAACCUGUACUUAUUGUCAUUCCAAGGUGUCAAUGGUGCAUUGGGUGGCGAAUCAGUCCGUGUAUCCCUUGGUAAAGAAGGACCAAUUCAUGAUUUCAACUGGUCUCCAACUUCGAGACAAUUUGGUGUCAUUUACGGAUUCAUGCCAGCCACUAUCACAUUCUUUGAUCUUAAGGGCAACGCCAUCCAUUCUUUAAACGAACAAAGGAAAAACACAUUAGAAUUUUCGCCAAAUGGUAAAUACAUCCUUGUUGGUGGUUUCGGUAACUUGCAAGGCUCUGUGGAUAUUUUGGAUAGACAUGAUAAAUUUAGAUGCAUCAGUAAAUUUAGCGCUACAAACACUUCUGUCUGCAAAUGGUCUCCAGGCGGCGAGUUCAUCUUAACAGCAACCACUUCUCCAAGAUUGAGAGUGGACAAUGGAUUGAAAAUCUGGCAUUAUUCUGGUACCUUGGUGUUCGUUAAAGAAUACAAAGAGCUUUUGAAAGUGGAUUGGAGAACGAAUUGUCCUUUCAGAAUAAUCAAGGAUGGGUAUGUUACCAACGGUAACAAAUUGAAGGACGAGGAAUUGAAACAAGAUCCAAAGAUUAGAAAGCAUCAGCUAGAAAUACAUCCAGUGGUCACUCAGUUCAACUUGAAGAACCCAAACAAGUCAUCAACUAAUUUAGGCGCCAAGAAAACCACUGGAGCCUACAAACCCCCACAUGCUAGAAAAGCAACUGUAGUACCUGGAACCACUAAAACUAGAGCACCACAAUCAACUCCAACGCCGCCCCUUCAACAAUCUGCUGCAAGUCAAACUUCACCAGAAGAAAAGAAAAUCAGAUCUUUGUUGAAGAAAUUAAGAGCCAUUGAGUCACUCAAAGUAAAACAAACCGAAGGUGUCAAGUUAGAAAACACCCAGGUCACAAAAAUCCAAUCAGAACCUAAGAUCUUAAAAGAGUUGGAAUUACUUGGUUGGAAGGGAGAGUUAGAUUCAUGA